AUGGGGUCCGAUACCUUCGAGCUGGCCGGACGCCAGUUCCCCAGUGUUACUUGGUACAAAAAUCCGGGGAUGAGAAAGACCUACAUCUGCUUGAUGUUCGUGGUCUUGACUUCGGCUACCAAUGGCUACGACGGAUCGAUGAUGAACGGAUUGCAGAUCUUGAUACCCUGGCAGGAAUACUUCGGUCACCCGACGGGCUCGAGUUUGGGCAUCCUCAGUGCGAUCAUGUCCCUCGGGUCGUUGGCGGCGCUCCCGGCGGUGCCGUAUACGGCAGAUAUCUUGGGUCGUCGCAUGGGCAUCUUGAUCGGCUGUCUGAUCAUGAUUCUCGGCGUGGUUCUGCAGAGUAUCGGCGCGACCUACGGCAUGUUCCUGGCCGCACGGUUCCUCAUCGGCUUUGGUGUGGCCAUUGCCCACGGGGCCUCCCCACUGCUGAUCACCGAGCUGGUCCACACCCAGCAUCGUGCAAUCUUCACAACGAUCUACAACACCACCUGGUAUUUCGGCGCCAUUGUAGCUGCAUGGCUCACGUUCGGCACCAACAACAUCAAGAAUGACUGGGCGUGGCGUGCCCCGUCCAUGGUGCAGGCGCUCCCGUCCAUCAUCCAGGUCAUCUUCGUCUGGUUCGUGCCCGAGUCGCCUCGGUUCCUCAUCUACAAGGGCAAGCACGAGCAGGCGCUGAAAGUGAUGGCGGACGCCCACGCCAACGGCGACCAGGAGGACGAGGUGGUGCAGCUGCAGAUGCACGAGAUCAAGGAGACGAUCCGGCUGGAGAAGGAGUUCGAGAGCAACGGUUGGAUGGAGCUGAUCCGCACCAAGGGCAACCGGCGCCGCAUCCUCAUCUGCAUUACGGCGGGGUUCUUCUCGCAGUGGUCGGGCAACGGGCUGGUGUCGUACUACAUCAAGAUGAUCCUCGAGACGGUGGGCUACACCGACACCGUGCAGCAGAACCUCAUCAACGGCUGCCUGAACAUCCUCAACCUGAUCGUCGCCCUGACCAUGUGUUUCUUCGUCGACAAGAUCGGCCGCCGCCGGCUCUUCCUGAUCUCGACGGCGGGCAUGCUUGUCGCGUUCAUCGUGUGGACGAUCUGCUCCGCGCGCUACGAUAUCCACAAUACUUCCUCCACCGCCGGCGCCGUCGUCGCCAUGAUCUACCUGUACUACGUGUUUUACAAUCUCGCGUGGUCGGGUCUCCUGGUCAGCUACACGGUGGAGAUCCUGCCUUAUAGCAUCCGCGCUAAGGGCAUGACGGUGAUGUGGUUCUGCAUUGAUGCCGCCCUCUUCUUUAACCAGUACGUCAACCCCAUCGCGCUAGAUGCCAUUCAGUGGAAAUACUACAUCUUCUACUGCGUGUGGCUGGGCAUCGAGCUGGCGGUGGUGUAUUUCUUCUACGUGGAGACGCGCAACACGCCGCUGGAGGAGAUCGCCAAGUACUUUGAUGGAGAGAAUGCCAUGGUCGGCGGGGCGGUGGCGACCCAGAAGGCGCGCGAUCUGGCGUCGACGCUGGAGACGGAGCCUGUGAAUGAGAAGGCGCUUGUGAAUGAGAAAGAGCUUGUGAAUGAGAAGAAUGUUUGA